UGUGGAACCCUCGCGGUGGAAGUGGAACGAAUAUAAAUAAAAACUAUCUGAUAUAUAAAUUACAACAAGUGACAGUUUUGGAAAAGCAGGCCAGAAAUUAUGCCCAAUAUUGUGGCAUUGAAGCUGAGCGGUGCCCGAAGUCCUGGGACUGGGACUGGGGCUGGGACUGGUGCUGGGGGCAAUAACGGUAGUCUGGUGCUGGUGGCCUUGGAUCAAUUGGCGCUGCAGCAACAAAUCAAUGCAAAUUUCAUUUUCCAUGCAAUUUCCAACUACAAGAAGACCCCGUUCGAGCGUAAAACGCUGGACUUUAUUGCCAAAAAGUGGCUGCACUUGCAGUUGCUGUGGCGAGAGUUCCGGCUGAGGGAUAAGCAAAUACGACGCGUCGGUCACAAGGAUUCGCACUGCCAGGAGCAUGGCUACUUUCAGCAGGAGCUCUUCGAGCUGGUCCACGACAAAUAUAUGGCGGCCAGGGGCUGUCUCAGUCGUGACAAAAGGAAUCUGCUUGCCCGAGCCCGAGCCCCCGCCCCCCUAGUGUUUGCUCAGCCAACGAAAUGAGGGGGCGGGACGGGGAUGGCGAAAAUGUGGGACUGAGCCCCACAAAAAAUAAACCAAAACCCAAGCAGAAAAAUAAGCAAAGCAGAGCAGAGCAGAGCAGAGCAGAGCAGUGCUGGAGAGAGCAAUAUGUACGUGUGAAAAUAAGUCUUUCCCCGUCCGAGUC